UAAGUAAACCGAGAUGUAAUAGUUAAUUAAUUUUAUUAAUUAAAUGGAGGAAAAUGGAUUAACAACAAAACAUUUCGAUUUUCCGAAACAGCUGUUACCUUUCUUCUCUCUUUCCGAUUUUAAUCUGAAAAGCGAAAAAAGGAAAAACAAAACAGACAUAACUCCCGACGGAGAGAAAUUUAUAAAGUUUCGAUUUUUAUAUCUCCUGUUCAUGUUUCAGCUUCGGUUAAUUAAUAAUCCUCUAUGCCGUCGUCACGAGCAAGAAUCUCGCCACCGGCUCCGGUAGCCCCACCUCCGUCUCGCCACCACGACAGAACAACACGAACCUCUCCACCGUUCACGGUGACCGGAGUCGCCGCCGGUUUCUCUCUCUUCAUCUCCCUCUCCGUCUGCUUCUGCAAGUUCGGCCGGAAACGUCCGCCGCCACCGCCCGGAGACUCCUCCUCCUCCCCACGUCCGCCGCGUGAGUUCUCUUACUCGACACUCCGCCGCGCCACCGCGUCUUUCUCCCCGGCGAACCGGCUCGGCCAAGGCGGCUUCGGCGCUGUCUUCCGGGGAACCUUAUCCUCCGGCGAGAAUGUAGCCGUGAAGGUUAUGGAUUCAGGAUCUCUCCAGGGAGAAGCCGAGUUCCAGAACGAGCUCUUCUUCGCCUCCAAGCUUCUUGACUCGCCUCACGUGGUCCCCGUCGUCGGCUUCUCGCACGACAAGAAACGGCGUCGUUUGCUCCUCGUUUACAAACUCAUGGACAACGGGAACCUCCAGGACGCGCUGCUUCACAGGAGAUGCCCCGAGCUCAUGGAUUGGAGUAAGAGGUUCUUGGUCGCGGUCAACGUCGCGGAAGGUAUCGAGCACCUUCACGGCCUUGAACGGCCGGUGAUUCACGGAGACAUAAAGCCUAGCAAUGUUCUGUUGGAUAAGCUCUUCUCCGCCAAGAUCGCUGACUUCGGUCUGGCCAGGGUGAAGCCGGAGCACGUGGAGAUCACCGUGGCGCCGGAGAGUAACGGUGGCGGCGGCGGAGGAGGAGGAGGGGUGGAGGAGGAGUUAGAGAGUGUGAUCACUACCGCAACUGGUUAUGAAGAUUUCAACUUUGGGAUGGUGAAACAGUCGCCGGAAGUUACUGGGUCUUCGCCGGAGAUGGGAGUGGCGCCUUUGGAAUCGCCGGAGACGACGGCUACGGUUGUCUCCGUAUCGCCGGAGAUGGGGGAGAAAGCGAAGGGGAGGGAGGUUGAGAAGAAAGAUUGGUGGUGGAAGCAAGAGAGCAAUGCGGUGGAGAGAGGGAAAGUGAAGGAGUAUGUGAUGCAGUGGAUUGGUUCAGAGGUGAAGAAGGAGAGACCAAGCAGCGUUGAUUGGAUUGAGUCCUUGGCAGCUUCUUCCUCUUCGUCGAGUAAGAAGCUUGAGAAGAAGAGUAGCAAGAGACUAGAGUGGUGGCUUUCACUAGAGGAAGAGAGUGAGAAUAAGAAGAAGAAGAAGAAGAAGCGGAGGAUGGUUAGAGAGUGGUGGAAAGAUGAGUACCGAAGAGAACUCGCUAAUAAAAAGAAGAAGAAGAAGAAAACGUUAGAAUCUGAGUUCUGUAGUGAUGAUGUGAGACGUCGUAGUAACAGUAAAGGUAGUAGUAUAGAUUGGUGGUUAGAUGGGUUAAGAGCACGGGGUAAUAGUCAUGACUCGGUGAGUGGGGAGAUAGCUAAGAGCUGCGGGAUAAGCAGCACGCCGAGCAUGAGAGGAACCGUGUGCUAUGCAGCGCCUGAGUACUGUAACUUGGACAAUAACAAUGUGUCUGAGAAAUGCGAUGUCUAUAGCUACGGUGUACUGUUGUUAGUUCUUGUUUCGGGUAGGCGUCCUUUGGAGAUGACGGGGUCCGCGAGUGAGAUCCAACGGGCGAAUCUCAUGUCUUGGGCGAGGAAGCUGGCGAGAAGAGGGAAGCUUGUUGAUCUUGUGGACCAGAAGUUGCAAAAUUUGGACCAAGAACAAGCAGUGUUGUGCAUAAAGGUCGCCUUGCAGUGUCUGCAAAGAUUGCCGGUUUCACGGCCGUCGAUGAAAGAGGUUUUGGGGAUGCUGAAAGGAGAAGUGAGUCUUCCGUAGUGUUGCCUACUGAUAAAGCAGAGCUGUCGACAAUCAGUCGGUUUGCUAAGUGUUAGUUUUAGACACUUUGAUUUAGUUUCAUAAUACUGUUCCAACAUGCCAGGCUGAGUCUUUUUUUUUUGUUUCUUUACACGUAUUGGGCAGAGACAGAGUAUUGGUUCAUUAUUAUCACCCUAUGCAAGUUUGAUUCUUUU